AUGUCCCGGGCGAUUUCUCUAACACGGCGUCCUGCCGCCACAUCAUCAUUCUCCAAAUCCGUAAAUACCAGAAUUACUCCGUCCGCUCUCCUUAGAUCCUGCGCUUCUUCCAAACCACAGCUUCCCUUCAAUCUACAUCAACCUCCCUUCUAUCGACAUCACCAUGUCCAGGUCUGCACAAAGCGGCCGCAACUUCCCAUUCCUUCCGCAAUUUUGUCGCGGACGCGGACUUACCACUCCUCAUUCCACCCAACUCCAGAUCCUCCCGCGGACUUGUAUACUCCUGAACAAUCUGCCAUUCUCUCCGCGGCCGUAGCCCAUGUUCCAGAGCACGGAUUUACGACUCACUCGCUCACAUUAGGGGCUCGGGAUACGGGGUACCUGGAUGCAUCAUUGCAGCUAUUUCCGGGUGGUGGGGAAAUUGCGCUGAUAACCUACUGGCUGGCUAGCAGGAGGGGAAUUCUACGACGGAAAGUUGAGACCGGGGAACUCUUUGGGGGGUUUGAAGCCGAGAAAAACAGGAAAUUAAGUGUGGAGGAGAAAGUGGAGCUCUUGAUAUUAGAAAGGUUAAGGAUGAAUGAAGGAAUAAUAGGGCAUUGGCAGGAUGCUCUUGCAACCAUGUCUCUGCCCUAUAACAUCGCCCCGUCGGUCUCUGAGUUAUACAAAUUAUCCUCUGACAUCCUCUAUCUUGCCGACGACCGCUCCAUCGACUCCUCUUGGUACACAAAGAGACUAUCCGUUGCUACCGUGUACGCUAGUGCAGACGUCUUUAUGACAGCGGACACCUCCCCGAACUUCACAGCGACGAAGGAAUUUGUGGAACGGCAGCUGAGCGAUGUCAACUCUCUUGUGGACUCUUUUAGUCACUUUCUGGGAUACUUGGGAUUUGUUGCUGGCAGUGUCAUUGGGGUUGGUAGGAGCUGGGGAGUGAAGAUAUGA